AUGCCAGUGAAGGGAAAGAGCAGAGUUCUCAUCGGUGAGUUAUUAAAAUCCUCAACAACGUUUUUAAUUGCAAAAAUAAUCAAUGGAAUAUUAUUAUCUCUAAUCACAUUAUUACAUUUUUUGCCUUAUGUCCAACGACUGUUUUAUUCGAUAACCUUAAAGUAACAAUCAAUGUCCUAGCCUAUAUAUUCUCCAAAUACAUUUUAUAAUUUGAAAAGAACGUACAUUGUCUAUGUUGCGCAAAACUAUAUGCUGAAUUUUAUACAUUCCCAUAGUCGCAACUUCCCCAAUUGGCCUAUCACCCACCUGCUGCGUAUCAUUUUGUAGUUUUUUCUGCAUCAAAAGUUUUUUGUCUUUAUCUGAAAUAAAAACAUAACAACAAGUUGAUGAUUCUUCGUGUUGAUUGGCUAUUAUAAACUCUUUUGCGUUUCGCUGAUCUCGUUCUCUCUCCAGCUGCGCUCCUGUUGCUGUGCGCCGGUUGUGAUGGAGACGAGUCGCAGCCCCAGGGAGACUCACCUCCAGCGCACUGUACCACGAGCCUGGAGGUAGGUGCCUAAACUGUGCAUCCGUGGGAUUAUAAUUGACCAAACUGACCGGUCACUCACUAUAGGCCUAUGGCACAUCAGGUUUUGGCCUCAUCCAGGUUUUCAACAGUUAUUAAAUUAGCCAGGAACGCGAAAGGAGAGAGGGCGAACUGCAGCCGGUGACUGUUGCGGCAAUGUACACUCAGUGUACAAAACAUUAGGAACACCUGCUCUUUCCAUGACAUAGACUGACCAGGUGAAUCUAGGUGAAAGCUAUGAUCCCUUAUUGAUGUCACUUGUUAAAUCGACUUAAAUCAGUGUAGAUGAAGGGGAGGAGACAGGUUAAAGAAUGAUUUUUCAGCCUUGAGACAGUUGAGACAUGGAUUGUGGAUUGUGUUUGUGUGCCAUUCAGGGGGGUGAAUGGGCAAGACAAAAUAUUUAGGGCGGCAGGUAGCUUAGUGGGUAAGAGCGUUGUGCCAGUAACCGAAAGGUCGCUGGUUCUAAUCCCCGAGCCGACUAGGUGAAAAAUCUGUCGAUGUGCCCUUAAGCAAGGCACUUAACCCUAAAUGCUCCUGUAAGUCGCUCUGGAUAAGAGCUUCUGCUAAAUGACGUAAAUGUAAAAUGUUUAAACCUUGAGACAAUUGUGAAUGGGCACGGCAAAAUAUUUAAGUGCCUUUGAACGGGGUAUGGUAGUAGGUGUCAGGCGCACGGGUUUGAGUGUGUCAACAACUGCAACGCUGCUGGGUUUUUCAUGCUCAACAGUUUCUUGUGUGUAUCAAGAAUGGUCCACCACCCAAAGGACAUCCAGCCAACUUGACACAACAGUGAGACGCAUUGGAGUCAACAUGGGCCAGCAUUCCUGUGGAACGCUUUCGACACCUUGUAGAGUCCAUGCCCUGACGAAUUGAGGCUGUUCUGAGGGCAAAAGGGGGUGCAAUUCAAUAUUAGGAAGGUGUUCCUAAUGUUUUGUACAUUCAGUGUAUGUCACGCACAGUAAAGAAAGACCCUUAGGUUCUUGUUUAAUUAUUUCUUAUUAAAGUGAAUGGUUGUCGGAGAUUCCAUAUGGAAGCCCAUUACCGCCACCAAUUCUUAUUUUUAUUUUUUAUUUUUUUACCUUUAUUGUAUCAGGGAGUCAUACUGAGACCAAGGUCUCUUUUACAAAUGAACCAUGAAUUACAGAAAUUACAGAAAAUACACACAUCAAAAUAUAAAUACAAAAUGCAAGCAGAAAGAAAAACAUGGUCAUAAAAAACAAACACAUUCAUCAGUAAUAAGGUCCUCAAUAAGCUUUCUGAAUUGCCCUAGAGAGACCAAAACAUCAAAUUUAAGAACACUUUGUAGAUUGUUCCACAAAUAAGGUGCAAGAAAACUGAUUUACCUAACUCAGUAGAGAGUCACUAUAUGCAUUCAAUACUAAUAUCAAGUCAAUAACGUUUUUCUGUAUUACAAUGAAGGCAGAUAGCAUACACAACAGUAUCAUUUACAUUUUUAGAAGACGCUCUUUUCCAGAGCAACUAGGGUUAAGUGCCUUGCUCAAGGGCACAUCAACAGAUUUUUCACCUAGUCAGCUUGGGGAUUAGAACCAGCGACCUUUCAGUUACUGGCACAACGCUCUUAACCACUAAGCUACCUGCCGCCCUAGCAUACAAGUAGUGCAGGUGACAAUUUUUUUACAAACAAGUCAAUAUUGUUAAUGUAAACAGUAAAAUCCAGGAAACCUGAUUUAACACCGUCAGUAGAAUCACAUUGACUUCUAUCUGUCAAGUAAUUUUUAAACCAGUUAUAUGCAGCCUGGUCUAGGCCAAUUGAGGAAAGCCUCUGCAGGGUGCAUGGUGAAUUAGCAGUGAGUGAACAACAGUAUCAAAAGCUUUUGACAGGUCAACGAAGAGGGCAGCACAAUGUUGCCUUUUAUCCAUACAGUUAACCACAUCAUUUAUAACUAGGGAUGCAGCAGAGAUAGUGCUAUGACCUGGUCUAAAACCUGACUGCUGGGUCACUCAAGGACAUUCAGAGACUUGUCCCGAAGCCACUCCUUCAUUGCCUUGGCUGUGUGCUUAGGGUCGUUGUCCUGUUGGAAGGUAAAUCUUCACCCCAGUCUGAGGUCCUGAGCGCUCUGGAGCAGGUUUUCAUCAAGGAUCUCUCUGUACUUUGCUCCGUUCAUCUUUCCCUCGAUCCUGACUAGUCUCCCAGUUCCUGCCACUGAAAAACAUCCCCACAGCAUGAUGCUGCCACCACCAUGCUUCACUGUAGGGAUAGUGCCAGGUUUCCUCCAGAUGUGACGCUUGGCAUUCAGGCCAAAGAGUUCAAUCUUGGUUUCAUCAGACCAGAGAAUCUUGUUUCUCAUGGUCUGAGAGUCCUUUAGGUGCCUUUUGGCAAACUCCAAGCGGACUGUCGUGCCUUUUACUGAGGAGGGGCUUCUACCAUAAAGGCCUGAGUGGUGGAGUGCUGCAGAGAUGGUUGUCCUUCUGGAAGGUUCUCCCAUCUCCACAGAGGAACUCUGGAGCUCAGUCAGAGAUCUAAAAUCAGAGGGGGUAUCAGCUCAUUCCCAUAAGAGCUAACAGGCAUAGGGUCAUCUGGAGUUAUUUGCUGUGCUGAGGCGGGCCGGGUCUGGUUGUGCUGUGCUGUGAUGGGCCGGUUCUGGUAGAGCUGUGCCGAGGCGGACCGGGUCUGGUAGCAUGAGAGGGAGGUUUUAGGGGGAAUUGAAGAGGUAGGUGUGGAAGCAAACUCUGCAUGGGGUCUCUUUGACUGCAUACGGCUUGGGCAUAGCUCAGUGUAUCUGCAUGUAGUUCCUGGUAGAGAAGUGGUGGAGGGAUGUGUCGGGGGCAGUGUUGCUGGCUGUUCUCCAGUCUCUGUGAGGCGCCACCACUUCUUGUGUAGAGCUGUGUGCCAAGCAUUAGGAUCAUCGGUGUAGAACAGAAGGUCUCCUUUUAUUUCCUUGUUCGCUUUUAGGAUGAAGUCUGCCCUCAGAGUCUCUGGGGAUUCUCUUAGCAAUUAAAUAUUUUAAUUAUAAUUUUUCCUGACUCACUUGUAACAUUUUCAGGAUACGUGAUGGCAAGGUCUCUGAAACAAUGCUUAGAGAAUGCAUCCAUCUUCAUCUCCAUGGUGACCUCUUUAAACAAGACUCUGCUCUAGAAUUAUGUACAUGUGCCUCUUGAUGCACCUAUAGAUACAUUCAAUUUUUAAACAAUGCACUUUUAUGAAAAAUACAAAUAAAAAUGUUAAAUGUGUUUUUCAAUGAAACAACACAUUACACAUAAAUGAAGAUACUCUCUCAAUGUUCAGGAUGUUUCUACCUCCUUUCCAAGUGCUAUUUUGCUUGUUUGUUUGUUAGUCUGAAAGCUUGUUUCCCUAUCAAGGCCUGAACUAUCCUCCAGAAAUCCCUCAGAAAUUCCUCUGUUGGUUUUGUGUUUGUUUAUCUAUGUCCUAAUUCUUAUUAUUGUACUUGUUGGGUUUAUAGUCCCCCAAUCCCAUUCCUUCCCUGUGUUGCAUGAUGAUUCAGCAGAUGAGCCUUGAAAGAACCAAGUCGAUCAAUUUCUCAAAAUCUCUCCAAACUAUUUCCACACAAAAAAAAAGUAUCUUCCAAUUCCUCUAAAUGUCGAUACUAUCUCAAUAUUUUGAGAUGCAUAAGUGAAAGUGUUGAGAUACUAUUUUAAAAUUUCAGGAUACUAUCUCAAAAUGUGGAGAUUGUAAAUCAUACAAAUAGGAUUUUUCAUUUGUUUUUAUUUUUAUUUUAUUUCACCUUUAAUUAACCAGUUAAGCCAGUUGAGAACAAGUUCUCAUUUACAACUGCGACCUGGCCAAGAUAAAGCAAAGCAGUGCGAUAAAAACAACAACACAGAGUUACAUAUGGGGUAAAACAAAACAUAAAGUCAAAAAUACAACAAAAUAUAUAUACAGUGUGUGCAAAUGUAGCAAGUUAUGGAGGUAAGGCAAUAAAUAGGCUAUAGUGCAAAAUAAUUACAAUUAGUAUUAACACUGGAAUGAUAGAUGUGCAAGAGAUGAUGUGCAAAUAGAGAUACUGGGGUACAAAUGAGCAAAAUAAAUAACAAUAUAGGGAUGAGGUAGUUGGGCGGGCUAAUUUCAGAUGGGCUGUGUACAGGUGCAGUGAUCGGUAAGGUGCUCUGACAACUGAUGCUUAAAGUUAGUGAGGGAGAUAAGUGUAUCCAGCUUCAGAGAUUUUUGCAAUUUGUUCCAGUCAUUGGCAGCAGAGAACUGGAAGGAAUGGCGGCCAAAGGAGGUGUUGGCUUUGGGGAUGACCAGUGAGAUAUACCUGCUGGAGCGCAUACUACGGGUGGGUGUUGCUAUGGUGACCAAUGAGCUAAGAUAAGGCGGGGAUUUGCCUAGCAGUGAUUUAUAGAUGGCCUGGAGCCAGUGGGUUUGGCGACGAAUAUGUAGUGAGGACCAGCCAACAAGAGCGUACAGGUCACAGUGGUGGGUAGUAUAUGGGGCUUUGGAGACAAAACGGAUGGCACUGUGAUAGACUACAUCCAAUUUGCUGAGUAGAGUGUUGGAGGCUAUUUUGUAAAUGACAUCGGAUUGGAGAUUCUUAAUGUGAGUCUGGAAGGAGAGUUUACAGUCUAACCAGACAACUAGGUAUUUGUAGUUGUCCACAUACUCUAGGUCAGACCCGUCGAGAGUAGUGAUUCUAGUCGGGUGGGUGGGUGCAAGCAGCGUUCGGUUGAAGAGCAUGCAUUUAGUUUUACUAGUGUUUAAGAGCAGUUGGAGGCUACUGAAGGAGUGUUGUAUGGCAUUGAAGCUCGUUUGGAGGUUUGUUAACACAGUGUCCAAUGAAGGGCCAGAUGUAUACAAAAUGGUGUCGUCUGCGUAGAGGUGGAUCUGAGAGUCACCAGCAGCAAGAGCGACAUCAUUGAUAUACACGGAGAAAAGAGUCGGCCCAAGAAUUGAACCCUGUGGCACCCCCAUAGAGACUGCCAUAGGUCCAGACAACAGGCCCUCCGAUUUGACACAUUGAACUCUAUCUGAGAAGUAGUUGGUGAACCAGGCGAGGCAGUCAUUUGAGAAACCAAGGCUAUUUAGUCUGCCAAUAAGAAUGCGGUGGUUGACAGAGUCGAAAGCCUUGGCCAGGUCGAUGAAGACGGCUGCACAGUACUGUCUAUUAUCGAUCGCGGUUAUUAUAUCGUUUAGGACCUUGAGCGUGGCUGAAGUGCACCCAUGACCAGCUCGGAAACCGGAUUGCAUAGCGGAGAAGGUACGGUGGGAUUCGAAAUGGUCGGUGAUCUGUUUGUUAACUUGGCUUUCAAAAACUUUCGAAAGGCAGGGCAGGAUUGAUAUGGGUCUGUAACAGUUUGGAUCUAGAGUGUUACCCCCUUUGAAGAGGGGGAUGACCGCGGCAGCUUUCCAAUCUCUGGGGAUCUCAGACGUUACGAAAGAGAGGUUGAACAGGCUACUAAUAGGGGUUGCGACAAUUUUGGCGGCUAGUUUUAGAAAGAAAGGGUCCAGAUUGUCUAGCCCAGAUGAUUUGUAGGGGUCCAGAUUUUGCAGCUCUUUCAGAACAUCAGCUGUCUGGAUUUGUGUGAAGGAGAAGCGGGGGGGGGCAUGGGCAAGUUGCAGCGGAGGGUGCAGAGCUGGUGGCCGGGGUAGUGGUAGCCAGGUGGAAAGCAUGGCCAGCCGUAGCAAAAUGCUUGUUGAAAUUCUCGAUUAUUGUAGAUUUAUCGGUGGUGAUAGUGUUUCCUAGCCUCAGUGCAGUGGGCAGCUGGGAGGAAGUGCUCUUAUUCUCCAUGGACUUUACAGUGUCCCAAAACUUUUUGGAGUUAGUGCUACAGGAUGCAAAUUUCUGUUUAAAAAAGUUAGCCUUUGCUUUCCUAACUGCUUGUGUAUAUUGGUUCCUAACUUCCCUGAAAAGUUGCAUAUUGCGGGGGCUAUUUGAUGCUAAUGCAGUACGCCACAGGAUGUUUUUGUGCUGGUCAAGGGCAGUCAAGUCUGAGGAGAACCAGGGGCUAUAUCUGUUCUUAGUUCUGUAUUUUUUGAAUGGGGCAUGUUUAUUUAAGAUUGAGAGGAAAUUACUUUUAAAGAACAACCAGGCAUCCUCUACUGAUGGAAUGAGAUCUAUAUCCAUCCAGGAUACCUGGGCCAGGUCAAUUAGGAAGGCCUGCUCGCUGAAGUGUUUUAGGGAGCGUUUGACAGUGAUGAAGGGUGGUCGUUUGACCGCGGACCCGUUACGGACGUAGGCAAUAAGGCAGUGAUCGCUGAGAUCCUGGUUGAAGACAGCGGAGGUGUAUUUAGAGGGUAAGUUAGUCAGGAUGAUAUCUAUGAGGGUACCCAUGUUUACAUAUUUAGGGUUGUACCUGGUAGGUUCAUUGAUAAUUUGUGUGAGAUUGAGGGCAUCUAGUUUAGAUUGUAGGAUGGCCGGGGUGUUAAGCAUAUCCCAAUUUAGGUCACCAAGCAGUACGAACUCUGAGGAUAGAUGGGGGGCAAUCAAUUCACAUAUGGUGUCCAGGGCACAGCUGGGGGCUGAGGGUGGUCUGUAGCAAGCGGCAACAGUGAGAGAUUUAUUUCUGGAAAGGUGGAUUUUUAGAAGUAGAAGCUCAAACUGUUUGGGCACAGACCUGGAUAGUAUGAUAGAGCUCUGCAGGCUAUCUCUACAGUAUAUUGCAACUCCACCCCCUUUGGCAGUUCUAUCUAGAUGGAAAAUGUUAUAGUUGGGGAUGGAAAUUUCAGAAUUUUUGGUGGCCUUCCUAAGCCAGGAUUCAGACACUGCUAGAACAUCAGGGUUGGCGGAGUGUGCUAACGCAGUGAAUAACUCAAACUUAGGAAGGAGGCUUCUGAUAUUUACGUGCAGAAAACCAAGGCUUUUACGGUUACAGAAGUCAACAAAUGAUAGCUCCUGGGGAGUAGGAGUGAUACUGGGGGCUGCAGGGCCUGGGUUAGCCUCUACAUCACCAGAGGAACAGAGGAGGAGUAGAAUAAGGAUACGACUAAAGGCUUUAAGAACUGGUUUCUAGUGCGUUGGGUACAGAGAAUAAAGGGGGCAGAUUUCCGGGCGUUGUAGAAAAGAUUCAGGGCAUUAUGUACAGAAAAGGAUAUGGAAGGAUAUGAGUACAGUUGAGGUAAACCUAAGCGUUGGGUAACAAUGAAAGAGAUAGCAUCACUGGAGGCACCGAUUGAGCCGGUCUCGGCGUGUAUGGGGGGUGGAACAAAGGAACUAUUUGAGGCAGUUUGAGAGGGACUUGGGGUUCUACAGUGAAAUUGUAUAAUAAGAACUAACCCAAACAGCAAUAGGCAAGGCAUAUUGACCUGGGAGAGAGGCAUAAAGCAAUCACAGGUGUUAUUAUAGAGAGCUAAGACAACAACUGGUAAUAGCGAUAAAGUUUGGGCUGAGGCUAAACAGAAUAAACAGGACAGGGUACUGUGUAAAGGAACAGUCCAGCAGGCAACAGCUGUGCAGCUGAGUGAUCAUAAGGUCCAGUGAACAGCAAUAUGUGAGUCUGAGAGCAGUUCAAAUUGGUGCUUCAGCACAGCUAGCAGGAAGCACAGUUGUAGUUUGCGUGUGCUAGCGGGCCGGGGCUGGCAGAUGGAUCUUCGUGGUCGUCGCAACGGGAAGCCUGUUGAAACCACAUCAGACGAUUUGUAACAUUGUGUGGUGAUUUUCAGAGUCCUACAGUGGUGGGGGGGGGAAUUGUUUUCCUGGGGCCCAUCGUUUUUUCUGAUCUGGUGCUAGGCUAACCUAACCAGGUAAAACUCCAGACCCUACUUGUAUGGUAUGACAUACAUAAAUCAGCUGUUUUAUAUGGGCUGUGAUGGGAGCAGAUUUGUCAUAUGGUCAUAUGGUUUAAAAAAAAAACGAAUGGAAAAACUCCUGGCCCUUGGGAGGAUGAAAACAUUGAAACCCUGUCAAACUGCAGCAACCUUGUACUUGUUUAUAAGAAAUAUUUUUAAACUAAACUAACAAGAGACAACAAAUGCGAUUGGACUAUAGAACUAACAGGGCUGAGCUUGUUUUAUGCAGGGUUGCAUAGUACAUGCCUUUGCAUCUGUAAUUAAAAAGUGAUUCAUUCAGUAUGUCAUCACUAUUGUGUUGAUUUAUUAAUUCCAGUCAAUAAUCUUUGACUGAGUCGGUAAUAUCAACAUGUUUCAAGCAGACCACCAUAGUUCAAGCAGACCACCUGUGCCCAAGAACACUAAGAUAACCUGCCUAAAUGACUACCGACCCGUAGCACUCAGGUCUGUAGCCAUGAAGUGCUUUGAGGCUGGUCAUGGCUCACCAUUAUCCCAGAAACCCUAGACCCACUCCAAUUUGCAUACCGCCCCAACAGAUCCACAGAUGAUGCAAUCUCUACUGCACUCCACACUGCCCUUUCCCACCUGGACAAGAGGAACACCUACGUGAGAAUGCUAUUCAUUGACUAUAGCUCAGUGUUCAACACCAUAGUGCCCUCAAUGCUCAUCACUAAGCUAAGGACACUGGGACUAAACACCUCCCUCUGCAACUGGAUCCUGGACUUCCUGACGGGCCGCCCCCAGGUGGUAAGGGUAGGUAACAACACAUCUGCCAUGCUGAUCCUCAACACGGGGGCCCCUCAGGGGUCGUGCUCAGUCCCCUCCUGUACUCCCUGUUCACCCAUGACUGCAUGGCCAGGCACGACUCCAACACCAUCAUUAUGUUUGCAGACGACACAACAGUGGUAGGCCAUAUCACCGACAACAAUGAGACAGCCUAUAGGGAGGAGGUCAGAGACCUGGCCGUGUGGUGCCAGGAUAACAACCUCUCCCUCAAUGCGAUCAAGACAAAGGAGAUGAUUGUGGACUACAGAAAAAAAAGAGGACUGGGCUGUAGUGGAACAGGUUGAGAGAUUCAAGUUCCUUGGUGUCCACAUCACCAACAAACUAUCAUGGUCCAAACACACCAAGACAGUCAUGAAGAGGGCACGACAAAGCCUAUUCCCCCUCAGGAGACUGAAAAGAUUUGGCAUGGGUUCUACAGCUGCACCAUCGAGAGCAUCCUGACUGGUUGCAUCACUGCCUGGUAUGGCAACUGCUCGGCCUCCGACCGCAAGGCACUACAGAGGGUAGUGCGUACGGCCCAGUACAUCACUGGGGCCAAGCUUCCUGCCAUCCAGGACCUCUAUACCAGGCGGUGUCAGAGGAAGGCCCUAAAAAUGGUCAAAGACUCCAGCCACCCUAGUCAUAGACUGUUCUCCCUGUUACCGCACAGCAAGCGGUACCGGAGCGUCAAGUCUAGGUCCAAAAGGCUUCUUAACAGCUUCUACCCCAAAGCCAUAAGACUCCUGAACAGCUAAUCAUGGCUACCCGGACUAUUUGCAUUGUCCCCCCUACCCCACCCCCUCUUUUACGCUGCUGCUACUCUCUGUUUAUUAUCUAUGCAUAGUCAGUUUAACUCUACCCACAUGUAUAUAUUACCUCAAUUACCUCGACUAACCUGUGCCCCCGCACAUUGACUCUGUACCGGUACCCCCUGUAUAUAGCCUCUCUACUGUUAUUUUUACUUAUCUAUUUUUUACUUAACACUUAUUUUUCUUAAAACUGCAUUGUUGGUUAAGGGCUUGUAAGUAAGCAUUUCACUGUAAGGUCUACACCUGUUGUAUUCGGCGCAUGUGGCAAAUACAAUUUGAUUUGAUUUGAGGUAGCCUAGCCACCCGAAGUUUAAUAUAAACCAAAUUUGAUAAAGACAUAGCUUAGGCUAUAAAUACAUGACGUUACCGUUUCGUUUCCCCUGGCCCAGAUGGGUUUAGAGCCAUAGGCUUCUCUAGGCUACAUGCAGCUGUGGUUGUUAUCAGUAGGCUACAGUUGACCAGAUUGAAGCACAGAUUAAUCGUGCACGAUUUGACAAAUCAUGAGGCAAAAUCAGUCUAAACAACAAUACUUUGUCCCUCCUUUCAACGCUUUUGUGUCAAUAUUUUGUAUUAAACCAAAUCAAAAGCGCUGGGGCAAAUGCCAGCUCACCACACGUUUUCCGGCAGCCCUGCUGUGCUGAUCUCUGCAACGUGGAUAGAUGGAAAUCGCCACACAAUGCUACAAAUGAAGAAACAACCUAUAUGUAUGAUCUACUAUACAUUCUUUGGUUGAUGAUAGUAUCUCAAAAUGUUUCCUAACGUAUCUCAAAAUGUUGAGAUAGUAUCAAAAUUUUAUGAAAAAAAUGUGGGUGGCGGGAAUGUGCUUCCGGAAUUCCCACACUGUAAACUUUUCCCUUUAAAUGUACAGCAUUAUACUGGCAGCAAAGUUGCUUAAUACGUCAUUUUGCAUUACAGCAGGGAUGCUGUAAUAUGAUUUACAGUAUUAUUACUGUAUACAGAUUUAUUACUUCAUUAUGACUGUAAUCAUUACAGUAACACAGCUGUAUUAUAAUUACAGUAUUUUGAGUCACUGUACAUUUACAGUGCACUUUUGAGAUCAACAUCACAAACAGUAAACCUGUUUGUGCAUGUAUUUAUCUUCGGUAUUUGUCACGUUCGUUGAGAGACGGGUCAGACCAAGGUGCAGCGUGAAAAGCGUACAUGUUUAUUUAACUCAAAUAAACAUACAACAAAACAAUAAACAACGUAAUGCGAAGUCCUCAGGCUAAACACAUACAAGCCUAACACGGAACACAAACAAGAUCCCACAACACAGGCAGGAGAACUGGCUGCCUAAGUAUGAUCCCUAAUCAGAGACAACGAGCGACAGCUGCCUCUGAUUGGGAAUCACACCCGGCCAAACAUAGAAAUAGAAACAUAGAAUCCCCACAUAGAAAACCCCCCACAUAUAUUCACACCCUGACCAAACUAACUAGAGUCUAAAGGUCAGGGCGUGACAGUCCCCCCCCCCCCCCCCCCCCCCCCCCCAAAGGUGCGGACUCCGGCCGCACAAACCUGACUUAACAGGGGAGGGUCCGGGUGGGCUUCCAGCCUCGGUGGCGGCUCCGGCUCCGGGUGUGACAUCUCCUCCCUUACUGACUCCGCGUUGCACCCCUGGACCGGUCUGGACCUCAACGCGGAGCUUCCCCUCUCAGUCCUCCCACGAUGCACCGAUCCCUGUCUGGACCCUGGUGUGGGAGACUCCGAACCUAGAGAGGGGCUGACGUCUGGACCCGGAGUGGAGCCGCUGACCGGAGCUGAACUGGACACCGGUGGAGCGGACUGCUCUAGCUCCGGAGUGGAGCAGCUGACCGGAGCUGGACUGGACCCCGGUGGAGCGGAAUGCUCUGGCUCCGGAGUGGAGCCGCUGACCGGAGCUGGACUGGACCCCGGUGGAGCGGAAUGCUCUGGCUCCGGAGUGGAGCAGCUGACCGGAGCUGGACCCCCGGUGGAGCGGAAUGCUCUGGCUCCGGAGUGGAGCCGCUGACCGGAGCUGGACUAGGCACCGGUGGAGCCGACUGCUCUGGCUCCGGAGUGGAAAUGCUGACCGGAGCUGGACUGGGCACCAGUGGAGCGGACUGCUCAGGCUCCGGAGUGGAGCAGCUGACUGGUGCUGGAGCAGGCCCCGGUGGAACGAGCACGGGCCGUGCCGGACUGGGGACGCGCACCACUGGUCUGGUGCGAGGAGCAGGCACGGGCCGUACCGGACUGGGAACACGCACCACUGGCUUGGUGCGAGGUGCAGGCACGGGCCGUGCCGGACUGGAAACACGCACCACUGGUCUGGUGCGAGGAGCAGGCACGGGUCGGACCGGACUGGGAACACGCACCACUGGUCUGGUGCGAGGAGCAGGAAUGGGCCGGGCCGGACUGGGAACACUCACCACUGUUCUGGUGCGAGGAGCAGGAACGGGCCGGGCCGGACUAGGAACACUCACUACUGGUCUGGUGCGAGGAGCAGGAACGGGCCGGGCCGGACUGGGAACACGCACCACUGGCUUGGUGCGAGGAGCAGGAACGGGCCGGACUGGGAACACGCACCACUGGCUUGGUGCGAGGAGCAGGAACGGACCGGGUCGGACUGGGAACACGCACCACUGGCUUGGUGCGGGGAGCAGUUACGGGGCGUACCGGGCUGGCGACACGCACCACUGGUUUGGUGCGAGGAGCAGGGACGGGCCGUACUGGACUGGGAACACGCACCACCGACUUGGUGCGGGGAGCAGGUACGGGGCGUACCGGGCUGGCGACACGCACCACUGGUUUGGUGCGAGGAGCAGGGACGGGCUGUACUGGACUGGGAACACGCACCACUGGUUUGGUGCGGGGAGCAGGUACGGGGCGUACCGGGUUGGCGACACACACCACUGGUUUGGUGCGAGAAGCAGGAACGGGCCGUACUGGACUGGGAACACGCACCACUGGCUUGGUGCGUGGAGCAGGUACGGGGCGUACCGGGCUGGCGACACGCACCACUGGUUUGGUGCGAGGAGCAGGGACGGGCCAUACUGAACUGGGAACACGCACCCCUGGUUUGGUGCGGGGCGCAGGCACGGGCCGUACCGGACUGGGAACACGCACCACUGGCUUUGGUGCGGGGAGCAAGUACGGGGCGGGCCGGACUGGGGACCGGCACUGGAGGUCUACGACUGUACCAGUCCUUUACUCUCCGUGCCCAGUCCUCCUCCCAUGAGGACUCCUCCUUGAGCCCCCACGAGUGCAGUGGUCAGGGGCUCUUCUCUAUCGAUCCCCGACCACCCUUUUAGCCCCCCCACAAAAUGUUCUUGGGGCUGUCUCGCGGGCUUCCUCCUCGGCCGACGCCUUCUGUGUUCCUCUCCUGCCUGGGCCUCCUCCCAGGGUAUUUUUCCUGCCAAAAUCUCCUCCCAUGUCCAAAAACUCUUCCCCACCUGUGUCCAGGGUGUCUGCUGCUCCUGGGCACACUGCUUGGUCCGUUGUUGGUGGGAUCUUCUGAGACGGGUCAGACCAAGGUGCAGCGUGAAAAGCAUACAUGUUUAUUUAACACAAAUAAACAUACAACAAAACAAUAAACAACGUAACGUGAAGUCCUCAGGAUAAACACAUACAAGCCUAACACGGAACACAAACAAGAUCCCACAACACAGGCAGGAGAACUGGCUGCCUAAGUAUGAUCCCCAAUCAGAGACAACGAGCGACAGCUGCCUCUGAUUGGGAAUCACACCCGGCCAAACAUAGAAAUAGAAACAUAGAAUCCCCACAUAGAAAAACCCACACAUAUAUUCACACCCUGACCAAACUAACUAGAGUCUAAAGGUCAGGGCGUGACAGUAUUUUUCUGAUGGCAGGCCUAUAGGCUAUGUAGAAUAAUGCUAUUUCACAUUGCAUUGCAGAAGGAUGCAGAAUUGCUCUGAUCAUUUUGUAGGUCUGUUGUAUUGUGUUCCUGAAGAACCUUGUGAAUUUUUUAGAGGGUAAUAAAAAUGAAAUUCUGAUGCCUUAACAUAACUCUGAAAAGAAGACUCUGACCUCAACAAGGUCAAAAUAAUACAAAUGUAUAAGAGAAGAAGGUGGAAACUCACAGGUAGUAGUGGUGAUAUAGCACCACACCCACUAGCCUACAGGGCCUUCAGAAAGUAUUCAUAUCCCUUGACUUAUUCCACAUUUUGGAACAUUCAGUGUCGUUUUGGUAAGCAACUGCAUUGUAUAUUUGGCCUUGUGUUUUAGGUUAUUGUCGUGCUGAAAGGGGAAUUUGUCUCCCAAUAUUUGUUGGAAAGCAGACCGAACCAGAUUUUCCUCUAGGACUUUGCCUGUUCCGUAAAAAAAUAAAAUAAAAUAAAACUCCCUAGUCCUUGCCGAUGACAAGUAUACCCAUAACAUGAUGCAACCACCACCAUGCUUGAAAAUAUGAAGAGUAGUACACAGUGAUGUGUUGUGUUGGAUUUGACCCAAACAUAAGGGCAGCAUGUAGCCAAGCAACUAAGAGCGUUGGGCCAGUAACCAAAAGGUCGCUGGUUCAAAUCCCUGAGCUGAUUAGGUGAAAAAUGUAUCGAUGUGCCCUUAAGCAAGGCACUUAAUCCUAAUUGCUUCUGUAAGUCGCUCUGGAUAAGAGUGUCUGUUAAAUUAUUAAAAUGAAGUAACGCUAUUUAUUCAGGAUAUAAAGCUAAUUUCUUUGCCACGUUUCUUGCAGUUUUACUUUAGUGCCUUAUUGCAAACAGAAUGCAUGUUUUGGAAUUAUUUUAUUCUGUACAGGCUUCCUACUUUUCACUCUGUCAUUUAGGUUAGUAUUGUGGAGUAACUACAAUGUUGUUGAUCCAUCCUUAGUUUUCUUCUAUCACAGCCAUUAAACUCUGUAACUGUUUUAAAGUCACCAUUCAUGGUGAAAUCCCUGAGCAGUUUCCUUCCUCUCCGGCAACUGAGUAAGAAGGACGCCUGUAUUUUUGUAGUGACUGGGUGUAUUGAUACACCAUCUAAAGUGUAAUGAAUAACUUCACCAUGCUCAAAGGGAUAUUCAGUGUCUGCUUCUUUUAUUUUUACCCAUCUACCAAUAGGUGUCCUUCUUUUUGCGAGGCAUUGGAAAACCUCCCUGGUCUUUGUGAUUGAAUCUGUGUUUGAAAUUCACUGCUCAACUGAGGGACCUUGAAUGUGUGGGGUACAGAGAUGAGGUAGUCAUAAAAAAAUAAUGUUAAACACUAUUAUUGCAAACAGAGUGAGUCCAUGCAACUUAUUACAUGACUUGUUAAGCUAUUUUUUACUCCUGAACUUAAUUAGCCUUGCCGUAAUAAAGGGGUUGAAUACUUAUUGACUCAAGGCAUUUCAGUUUUUCAUUUUUAAUCAAUUUGUAAAAAAUCCUAAAAACAUAAUUCCACUUUGACAUUAUGGGGUAUUGUGUGUAGGCCAGUGAGCCAAAAUAUCAAUUUAAUCAAUUUAAAAUUCAGACUGUAACACAACAAAAUGUGUAAAAGGUCAAUGGGUCUAAAUACUUUCUGAAGGCACUGGGUGUUCCUGUCAUACACAGUGUAAAACAUUUUCAUAACACAUGCUUUGAGAUGCAGUCCUCUAAAUAUGACCAAGUCAAAGAGAAAAAGCGGAACUGCUAUUUUAAUAGAAAGUCAACGAAAUGUACAAUUGACAUUCUCGCAUGGCUUCUGGUACUUUCCAAAUUUAAACAAAGUUUGAUGAAUGUCUGACAUUUGUGACCGAACAACUUAAUGAUUAUUCUGAAUACUGAUCUCUAUUCACUUUCAAAAGCCACAUCAUUUUACAGCUGGUCUUCCUCUCUGAUUUUCUCUCCCUGACAUGGUGACAUGUUGUUCUGUGUUCCAGGGAGUGUUGUGUACUCUGUCUGAAGCCCAUCUGAAUGGUUCUGGUCCUACCAGACUAGAGGUCUCUGCUGGACAGAGGCUCCUGAUCAUCAUGCAGAGCCUCCCAGGAGACCCUGUCUGCAGCUGGAGCCGUGGAGCUGACCCAAAAAGGUGUGUGUGUUUGUUGUUUUACCCGGCGCCUCAAGGCCACUGGGUUAUAGUAUUGUUAUUGCAUCCAUAGGGGUGUACUUUAGCAUCCCUGCAGACUUCAUCUAUAGUUGUUUGUCCUGCCAACAGAUGGGGCUAUUCCAUGGCCAUACCACAGACACCUGUGAGUGAUUCUGGAGAGUACACAUUCAGCUGUGAGAGAGGCGGGAUCAACUCCUCUCUGACCCUCUCUCUACUGGUUAGACCUCUGAGUGAGUGACAGCCCCAUGACCCAAUACUCUUUCUAUUUUGGACCUCAAAGCUCCUCAGACUACCCAAAACCAUAUUCACUGCAUCCUCUCCAUCGCUACAAAAUCAUAAUAAAAAAUUAUGUUCUAAACCACACAAUCAUUUGAAAUCAUAUUUAGAUCUACACCACAUUCAUGUCUUAUAUCAGAGUUGUAUCUAUAGCACCAUCUUGAUUCUGAACCACAUUUAAAUGAUGUUUGACACAAAAUUCAUAGCUACGGCUCAUUCUCCCCUCUCUAGGACUCCCCACAAAACCACAGUUGAAAUAUAUCCCUGGGAAAAAAGGCUUCUUACCAGACUUUCAGUGUUCUUCAGAGGGAAACCCCAAGCCAAAGAUCAAAUGGUUCAAUAACCUUGACAAGACUGGGUACGGUCUCACAAAACUUCAAUGAAAAUAUAUAGAAUCGUAAAGAAGUGUCUUCAGGGUAUUGCUUUAGAGUUUUAUAAAGCAAUGGCUAUACAUGAUUUCAAUCUCAGCCAUCAAUAGCAGCCGUACCAUGGUUUCAUUUCUCCUCCGCUCCAACAGAAAAGGAAGUGAUGGGACAGACAUUCCAUCUACGAACAAAGAGAGGGCUAACAACACAGAGAAAAGUACAAAUUACUACAGGACAACAGUUAUGUGCUGUGCUAGCAAUUCUGAAGGAGAGGCGUGUUCUCAACUAUAUGAUUACGGUAAGGUAACCACUAAACAAAAGUCACCAAAUGACAAUAUUACAUUUACAGUACACUAUACAGUGAGCAUGACCAUAUGUGAUUUGCUGUGUGUGCAUCAGAUCUGGACCGUGUCAGUGGUAAGGAUGAUGAGGCUCCAGAGAUCACUGUGAGUCUUGGGCAGCCCCUGCUGCUCAGCUGUCGGCAGAAAAGGGACAGCGCCACACAGUGGCUGACUGACAACCAGGAACCAGUAGGCUUUAUCACUCCGACUAUAUUUUCUUCAAAUUUUAUCAGCCUUCUCUUCACUCUGCUGAAAACUCUUCCACCUUUCCCAUCACGACUUUCUCACUAUAUUCAUGUAAUGCAGAUGGAAUGCAGUAUACAAUCUUUUCCUCCAGAUCCCCAAAUAUCGAUUCACAUAUAAAGAAAUAGAUGUGACCUACCUGUUCAUUGAGUCAGUGAGAGUGAACCACAGUGGAAUCUAUACGUGCUGGAGCAACAAGAACAAGAUGAAAUCCACCCACGUCCAGGUCCUAGGUCAGUUUCCAGGCAACAACACCGAAUCUUCCUCGUUACCUUUGUUUUCAGUCAAACGUUCCCUUUUAAAUGUCUAUCUGUACUUGGUCUUUACUAAUCUGUCAGACAAAUUCCUGUUAUCUAUCCUGAUUCUCUUUUUAUCACCACCUACCUGCCUGUUUUUGCUCAAAAUGUGAUUUACAUGUGAUUUCCUGUGUUGUGUGUCCUCAGAGAAGGGCUUCAUUUCCAUCGACCAGCUCAAUGAGAGCAGUACCAUCUCAGCCCAGGAGAAGCCAGGGUUCUGUCUGCGGGCCCUGGUCUCCUCACACCCUCUCCUACGCUGCCAUUGGCUGGGCCCGGACAGCAGACAGACCCAGUGCCCUGAGCCCACACGGCUCUGGAAGAACAGGUAGAGAACUUCAGAUGGUGUAGACAGAGAUAUGGUUUAGUCUUUGUCCUCCACACACAUCCAUGUAAUUUGGUAUGUUUUAAUGUACCGGUAGUUCUGUUUAUGUGGUUUGAUGAGGUUUGAUGUGGAUACUGUAUAUGAUUCCCUAUGGUUUGAUGUGGAUACUGUAUAUGAUUCCCUGUAGUUUGAUGUGGAUACUGUAUAUGAUUCCCUGUGGUUUGAUGAGGUUUGAUGUGAAUACUGUAUAUGAUUCCCUGUGGUUUGAUGAGGUUUGAUGUGGAUACUGUAUAUGAUUCCCUGUGGUUUUAUCAUCCUUCUCUUUCUCCCCAGGACUCUGGAGUUGUGUAACACUGAGCCAGGAGAGUACCAGUUACACCUGGAGGCUGGGGAGCUGAACCUCACAAAGAGCCUCUCUCUGUGUGUGGCAGGUGAGUGACAGCCGACUGCCCAGACAGAUAAGACUUGUGAUUGUGUGCAUGACUCCUCAUUAAGACACGUGUCCUUCUCCUCUGUCUCUCAGGUACGUCCACCCUCAGUAUUUUACAGAAUGGAGACAGCAUCACCUGUGAGACCAACACCCCCCUCCCCUUUAACCUCACCUGGCGCUCCUGCUCUCUGACCAAUGACAGGUACUAGAUCUAGGCCAGUUUCUCAUGUUAGGAUUCAGUUCUAUAGUGGUAGGCACCAAUAUCGAUAAUUCGAUAUGAUAACGAUAUCAUUUGAUAUCGAUAUGAGCAAGGCAUAUCAUGAUAUCAGUUUAUCCUUGCUGUUAACCUACACUGUUGUGUAAAAGAGCAUGAGUGACUGUUCUUGCAACCCUCUCACAGUCUCUCAACAUAGCAUAUGCCUACUUAACUGCCUGCUGAUGCCAUCACAUGUCUUUACCCUGAUGCGCAACGCUCCCCACCUCUGCUUCGGCGUAACAGCAGCCUAGGGGCGGACAGUGGCGCUGUUUCCCCCUACUGCGGAUUCCAUCUUUAACCUGUGUGUGUUAACCUGUGUGUGUUUACCUGUGUCUGUUAACCUGUGUGUGCUUACCUGUGUCUGUUAACCUGUGUGUGUUAACCUGUGUGUGUUAACCUGUGUCUGUUAACCUGUGUGUGUUUACCUGUGUCUGUUAACCUGUGUCUGUUAACCUGUGUGUGUUAACCUGUGUCUGUUAACCUGUGUGUGCUUACCUGUGUCUGUUAACCUGUGUGUGCUUACCUGUGUCUGUUAACCUGUGUCUGUUAACCUGUGUCUGUUAACCUGUGUGUGCUUACCUGUGUCUGUUAACCUGUGUGUGCUUACCUGUGUCUGUUAACCUGUGUCUGUUAACCUGUGUGUGUUAACCUGUGCUCACCUCCAGCUGUCAGUCAGAGUCUUCAGCCUGGAAGGAGAUCCCUGCCCCUCCCCCGGAGCUCUCUGACUCAGACCAGUUCUGCCAUAAGAGGGUCCUCAGCUCCCUGGACAGUACCGAGGUGGGGGACUUUGUCAAGUGCUGCAUCACAAACUCUGUCCACUUACAGUCACACUGCAGUGAGACACUGUUCAACAUACAACGUAAGUGGUCGGUCAGGAAAAAAUGGUCCUCUGAAAAAUAUUUUACAGCUUUAAAUAUGUUUAAAAUGGAUGUCCCAGUGUGGAACAGAAUUGGUCACAGUAUUGUCAUAGCUGUAGCCAGACAUUAGUUAUAUCUGUCGAUGUGUGUUCCAUCAGCCUCCUCUCAACUCCUGAAAGUGUCCAGUCUGGUCCUGUUGCUGGCUUUGAUGCUGGUCAGCGUGGCACUACUCUACUUCAUCAGGAAGAAGGUACACACACACACAUACACAUACACACACACAAAUGCUCCCUUUUUGUCACACACCUUCCUGAUAUUUCAUGUGUAGAAACCCCAGUAUCAGAGUCAGGUGCAGAUGAUCCAGAUGGUAGGGCCUAAUGACAACGACUACAUCUACAUCAACUUCAAAGACUUCCAGUACGACCAGAAAUGGGAGUUCCCCAGAGAGAACCUGGAGCUGGGUAAGACUGGGGAGAUGUACCAGUGGAAUGACUUAGCCUGACCCAUCUACUUGGCAAUCUCUAGUCUCCAGUACAGCCAGCCUCACCAAUAGUAUUCCCACAAACCCUGUGUUGUGGUCUUUCCCCCCAGGGAAGGAGCUGGGCUCUGGGGCCUUUGGCAUGGUGGUUCAGGCUACAGCCUACGGCAUCAGCAAGCCUGGGGUCUCCCUGCAGGUGGCUGUCAAGAUGUUGAAAGGUACAGGGUUUUACCUGUGUGAUGUUUUACGCUGCUGGCUAAGUGUUGGUGUUUGCUGAAGACACUUUUGUCAUACUAUUUUACCCUGCACCAGUGAAGUCUCUCAGGUCAUUGUUGAGUGUUAACGUUUGUCCAUGCAGAGAAGCAUGAGGCAUUGGAGAAGGAGGCUCUGAUGUCAGAGCUGAAGAUGCUGACUCACAUCGGACAGCAUGCCAACAUUGUCAACCUGCUGGGGGCGUGCACUGGCUCAGGUACGACAGCCAAUCAUAGGCUCAGAAACAAGCAUCUGGCAGAAAUAACAUAGAACUAACUAGGUCAUGUAACUGCUAAGGGCCAAGAUAUGUUUAGAUAUUGUAUUGAAAUGAGUCCAUGUGUAUGUAUGUAUUGUCUGUGUCUGUGACUCUGUGACUGUGUGUGGCUCUGUGACUGUGUGUGACUCUGUGAGGCUCUGUGACUGUGUGUGACUCUGUGACUGUGUGUGACUCUGUGACUGUGUGUGGCUCUGUGUGGCUCUGUUACUGUGUGUGGCUCUGUGACUGUGUAUGACUGUGACUGUGUGUGGCUCUGUGACUGUGUGUGGCUCUGUGACUGUGUGUGACUGUGUGGCUCUGUGACUGUGUGUGACUCUGUGACUGUGUGUGGCUCUGUGAAUGUGUGUGGCUCUGUGACUAUGGGUGGCCCUGUGACUGUGUGUGACUCUGUGACUGUGUGUGGCUCUGUGACCGUGUGUGGCUCUGUGACUGUGUGUGGCUCGUGACUGUCUGACUUGUGUGCCUGUGACUGUGUGUGAUCUGUGACUGUGUGGGCUCUGUGACUGUGUGUGGCUCUGUGACUGUGUGUACGAUGUGAUGUGUGGCUCUGUGACUGUGUGUGGCUCUGUGACUGUGUGUGGCUCUGUGACUGUGUGUGGCUUGUGUGGCUCUGUGACCGUGUGUGGCUCUGUGACUGUGUGUGGCUCUGUGACUCUGUGUGGCUCUGUGACUGUGUAUGACUCUGUGACUGUGUGACUGUGUGUGUGACUCUGUGACUGUUUGUGGCUCUGUGACUGUGUGUGGCUGUGACUCUGGGUGGCCCUGUGACUGUGUGUGACUCUGUGACUGUGUGUGGCUCUGUGACUGUGUGUGACUCUGUGACUGUGUGUGGCUCUGUGUGGGUCUGUGACUGUGUGUUGCUCUUUGACUGUGUGUGACUCUGUGACUGUGUGUGGCUCUGUGUGGGUCUGUGACUGUGUGUUGCUCUUUGACUGUGUGUGCCUCUGUGACUGUGUGUGGCUCUGUGACUGUGUGUGGCUCUGUGACUGUGCAUGGCUCUGUGACUGUGUGUGGCUCUGUGUGGCUCUGUGACCGUGUGUGACUCUGUGACUGUACGUGGCUCUGUGACUGUGUAUGACUCGUGACUGUGUGUGGCUCUGUGAUUGUGUGUGGCUCAGUGACUGUGUGUGACUGUGUGGCUCUGUGACCGUGUGUGACUCUGUGACUGUGUGACUCUGCAGGGCCCACGUACCUGAUCUUUCAGUACUGCUGUAACGGGGACUUGCUGAACUACCUGAAGAACAACAGAGAGCUCUACCACAAGUCUCUGACCGACGCCUUCACCAGGGACCGCUUCAGCAGACUUUACCACAACCUGCCCAAGAGGAGCUCCAGGUUGGGGGGAGGGAUGGGGUGAGGUUAGUGUAGGGGUGUCAAGGUUGAGUUUAAUUCAGAAACGGAAUUGUAGGCUACUCUCAUGGUGAAGUAGGGGUAUGAUUGUGAGGGUUAAUGUACUAAUGUUGGUCUGUGUCCUUCUUAGUGAGUUCCAGAGGCCAGUGGACAGCAUGUACGUCCCCAUGUCCCCCACCACCAGAGGGCAAGAGAGCAUCGCCCUGAUCAGCCUCAACUCUUCUCCAAUGAGCACCUCUGAUGGUCAGUGUGGGGUAGACACACACAUUCCCACAUACACAAACACACACACACACACACAAAUUAAGAAAUAGGCUUGCUUACUUGUACAGCAGCACAGUUAAAAAACGUCUGUAGGAUCUCUCCACUGCUGUCCAGUGGAUCCCAUUGAUCCAGGUUGAUCCCAGAUGAUCCCAGCUGAUCCCUGUUGAUCCCUGUUGAUCCCAGCUGAUCCCUGUUGAUCCCAGCUGAUCCGUGUUGAUCCUUAGGUCCAGGGAUCUAUGAGGAGUUAGAGAAGCUGCAGGAGGAGGAGGAGGAGGAAGAGGAGGCGUUGACCUACAACGACCUGCUCAGCUUCUCCUAUCAGGUGGCCAAGGGCAUGGACUUCCUGUCCUCCAAGCACGUACGUGGAGCAACAACACUGCCCAUUGCAAACGACACACUACACAUAGCACCAUAUUAACUUCACCAUGGCCCCUCAGAAUUAUACAAGCCUGUGCUCAUGCAAUACAUCGUAAUACUCCCUGUACCCUACAUCAUCACACCCUCUCUGUGUCCUGGGUGUGUGUAUCUGUCUCCAGUGUAUCCAUCGGGACCUUGCGGCCAGGAACGUGUUGGUGACUCAGGGUGGACUAGUAAAGAUCGGAGACUUUGGACUGGCCCGGGACAUCGACAACGACUCCAACUACGUAGUGAGAGGAAAUGUAAGGACUAUACACAGGAGGGAGUGUUUGGGUCAUCACUAGUUAGCAGUGCUUGACUUGGGCAGGAGCUCACCGGAGCUGAAUAACGUCAUCUUCAAUUUUCUACUGCUUGAGCUCCUGUUCCGCUUGUAGAAUAUUAGCUCAAAAGUAUUGUGGAGCUCCUGCACCUAAAUAUAAACUGAACCGGCACCCAAAAUGAGUACCGUCACCUAUUUCAGUCCAAGUCAAGCACUGCUAGUUACAUUUACAUUUUACAUCAUUUAGCAGACGCUCUUAUCCAGAGCGACUUACAAAUUGGUUACCACAUACACCCUGCCUAUUUCUACAAUGGAUCUUCUUAAAAUGGGAUUUUAAACCUAAACUUAACCACACUGCAAACCUUAUGCCUGACUCUAACCUUAAAUUAAGAAAUAAUCCUGAUUUUUUACAAUGGCCAAUUUUGACUUUAUGGCUGUGCUAUAUAGUGGAAACCGAGUGUUUGUCUGUAUUCUACAAAUUCUCUGUUGUGUCAGUGACAGAUGUGUUCUAAGAAUCCAGUGUCGGUGUGUGUGACUGAUGUGUGUGUGUUGUGUUGCAGGUGCGUCUGCCAGUGAAAUGGAUGGCUCCAGAGAGUAUCUUCCAGGGGAUGUACACCAUGCAGAGCGAUGUCUGGGCCUAUGGUAUCCUGCUGUGGGAGGUCUUCUCUCUGGGUAGCCACAUAAACAUACCUACUCUUACUUUUUAUUGUAUUAUAGGGUGUCUGGGUAUGUUUGGGAUGGGGGUGGGGUGGAAUGGUUCAAAAAGCAUACGUUUGUUCACAAAAGAAUAAGCAUAUCCACUGAAUACACACUGGUUGAAUCAACGUUGUUUCCACAUUGACGUCGAACCAACGUGGAAUAGACGUUGGAUUGACGUCUGUACCCAGUGGGUAAGUUCUUCACGCACACACUGUGUGAAUUUGGUACUGGCCACUGAUCCUGUAUAUUUCUUUCUUGUUUCUUGUGGGUUUUCUUUGUUAUACUAUUUUGAUAUUUAUUUAAUAAUGCACUGUUGGGAAAGGCUUGCAAGUUAAGCAUUUCACUGUACUUGUGCAUGUGACAAAUAAAACUUGAAGUAUUCCCUGCAUCUUUCUGACAUAGUGCAUGACAUUGACACAGUAUCUUAGCAACUUUCUAUCCCAGUCUAUACGUACAGUGCCUUCAGAAAGUAUUCACUCCCCUUGACUUUUCCACAUGUUGUUGUGUUACAGCCUGAAUUUAAAAUGGAUUACAUUGACAUUUUGUGUCACUGUGGAAUUAUGUUUUUCAAAAUUUUUACAAAUUAAUAAAAAAUGAAAAGCUGAAAUGUCUUGAGUCAAUAAGUAUUCAACCCCUUUGUUAUGGCAAGCCUAAAUAAGUUCAGGGGUAAACAUUUAUUUGCUUAACAAGUCACAUAAUAAGUUGCAUGGACUCACUCUGUGUGCAAUGAUAGUGUUUAACAUGAUAAUCUCUGUACCCCACACAUACAAUUAUCUGUAUGGAAUACAGUCGAGCAGUGAAUUUCAAACACAAAUUCAACCACAAAGACCAUGGAGGUUUUCCAACGGCUGGCAAAGAAGGGCACCUAUUGGUAGAUGGGUAAAAAUUAAAUUAAAGCAGACAUUGAAUAACCCUUUGAGCAUAGUGAAGUUAUUAAUUACACUUUGGAUGGUGUAUCAAUACACUCAGUCACUACAAAAAUACAGGUGUCCUUCCUAACUCAGUUGCCGGAGAAGAAGGUCAAGGAUUUCACAAGGCCAAUGGUGACUUUAAAACAGUUACAGAGUUGAAUGGCUGUGAUAGGAGAAAACUGGGGAUGGAUCAACAACAUUGUAGUUAUUCCACAAUACUAACCUAAAUGACAGUGAAAAGAAGUUAGCCUGUACAGAAUAAAAAUAUUCCAAAACAUGCAUCCUGUUUGUAAUAAGGCACUAAAGUAAAACUGCAAGAAAUAUGGCAAAGCAAUGAACUUUAUGUCCUGAAUACAGAGUGUUAUGUUUGGGGCAAAUCCAACACAACACAUCACUGAGUACCACUCGCUGCCCAAGGUGCUUCUACAAAGUAUUGACUCGGGGGUGUGAAUACUUCUGUAAAUGAGAUAUUUCUGUAUUUCAUUUUCAAUUCGUUUGCAAAAAUGUCUAAAAACAUGUUUUCAUUUUGUCAUUAUGGGGUAUUGUGUGUAGAUGGGUGAGAAAUGUUUUUAUUUAAUCCAUUUUGAAUUCAGGCUGUAACACAAUAAAAUGUGGAAUAAGUCAAGGGGUAUGAAUACUUUCUGAAGGCACUGUAUAUGUGAUUUGCUCUCUCUCAGGUGUGACCCCCUACCCGGGGAUAAAGGUGGACAACAACUUCUAUGUGAUGAUAGAGAGAGGUUUUAAGAUGGAGCAGCCAUACUACGCCAGUGAAUCUGUGUACGUAUCCACAACCGCUCUGCACCUACAUCUAGAACUUUACAUCAUACACAUUUCAUUACCAUCAAAUAUAGGAACUGUAAAAUUGGUUUUAUCCCCCCUUCCUCCCUUCCUCCCUCCUGUAGGUAUAUGACCAUGUGUAAGUGCUGGGCCUUGGAGCCUCAGGACCGCCCUCACUUCUCCAAGCUAGUGGCCUUCAUGGACGACCAACUGGCCGACAUGGAGGAGAAGGUGAGGCUCAAACAACACAACAAGCCUCAAUGUAGACAAGCCUCAAUGCACAGCAUUCCAUUAGAAUCAUGAUUUCUUGUGAUUUAUGACUAUGCCCCUUUCUCUCUUAGCUCUACCAUAACAUAUUGGACAAGAGCUGCAAUCAUGCGUUAUACCAGAAUGCACCAGUGAAAUAUGAUCUCUCAGCCUUGGCCAAAGAAAAUAGUCUUCAAACACAGUCACAGAACCAAUACUGCAAGACCCACUCCACUGGAGAGGCCCCAACAACAACAACAACAACAACAACACUGUCUGACAUGGAUGCCAUGGAGACUGAUGAUGAUGACAAACCUCUGAAACCACGUCAGUGA